AUGUCCAUGGAUAUAGAUGACGCCCCCGUGUCCAUCGGGGCCGUUGACCAUCGGGUGGGCGCAACUAUUCUUUGCUGCAACUGCGGUGCCCCGAUCGACGGAACGACUUCUGCCGGCGCGCUCUGCUACGACUGCGUCAAGCUCACCAUCGACAUCUCUCAAGGCGUCCAGCGCGAAGCCACCAUCAACUUCUGCCGAGACUGCAACAGAUGGCUGUUGCCACCCUCCAGCUGGGUCGUGGCCGCUCCCGAAUCCCGCGAGCUCCUGGCUCUAUGCCUCAAGAAGUUGCGCGGUUUGAACAAAGUCCGCAUCGUCGAUGCCAGCUUCGUGUGGACAGAACCUCACUCGCGAAGAAUAAAGGUCAAGCUCACCAUCCAGGACGAGGUUCAGGAUGGCAUCAUGCUGCAGCAAAGCUUCGAGGUCGUCUACAUUGUCGCCACACAGCAAUGUCCUGAAUGCGCCAAGUCGUACACCGCCAACGUCUGGCGUGCUUGCGUCCAGGUCCGCCAAAAGGUCCUACACAAGCGCACCUUCCUCUUCCUCGAACAGCUGAUCAUGAAGCACGGCGCUCACCGCGAUACGCUCAACAUCAAGGAAGCCAAAGACGGCAUCGAUUUCUUCUUUUCGCAAAAAAAUCAAGCCGAAAAGUUUAUCGACUUCCUCAAUUCUGUCGUUCCCGUCACAGUCAAAACCUCGCAAGAGCUUAUUUCGCACGAUACGCACACCGCGAAAACAUCAUACAAGUUUACAUAUUCUGCCGAACUCGUGCCGAUAUGUAAAGAUGACCUAGUCGCUAUGCCCAUCAGAUUAGCCAAGCAGGCUGGUAACAUUACCCCACUGGUUCUGUGCCACAAGAUUGGUACCUCCAUUUACCUCAUGGACCCCCAGACCCUCCAAACCGCAGACAUCAGUUGCCCCAUCUACUGGCGAGCGCCAUUCACCUCACUGGCUGACUCUCAUUCGCUGGUGGAGUUUAUUGUCAUGGAUAUUGAGCUGACGGGCAAGACUAACGGCAAGUGGCGUCUCGGUGAGGUUACCGUUGCUCGCGCUGUUGAUCUCGGCGCCAAUGACACGACAUAUUUCACAAGAACCCAUCUUGGUGGUCUCCUGCAGGCCGGCGACAGCGUCAUGGGGUACAUGCUGACGGGCUCCAACUACAACAAUGCGGAAUGGGAGGCCAUGGAGGAGUCGAACGUGUACUCAUCCAUGCUGCCCGAUGUCGUGCUAGUCAAGAAGCACUACCCCAAUCGCAAGAAGAACAAGAAGCGCAACUGGAAGCUCCGCCGCAUGGCCAAGGAUGAGGGUGAAUUGUUGCCCAGAAAGGCUGACCAGGAGCGCAUGGAUCGUGAAUACGAGCAGUUCUUGCGCGAUGUCGAGGAAGACGAGGAUCUCCGUGCUGCUAUGGCCCUGUACAAGAGUGAGAAGCAGCGCGAGGAGGAAGAGAUGAGCAUGGCUGAGACCGAGGAUGGCGAAGAUGACUCGCCGCAGGUCGACAUGGGAGAAUUACUGGAUGAAUUUGACGAGCUCACGAUGCAGGAUUCAUAG